AUGUCUCAUCGAUCUCAUCGAUACAAAGAAUUGAACGAAAUCGAUUCGUCGAAUGUUGAAUUUUGUGAAUUACUAACAUCAUCACAUACACUCGAAGAAUUCUUUCCAGAUGAUUUAUAUUUGGUGUCUAUAUUCAAGAAUUAUCGAAGUCGAAAGCUUAACGAAUUGACAUUGUUUUGGUGUGUCUUGAUUAGCUUUAUGCAUUGGUCUUGUGAAACGAAAUUGUAUGACAAAGAAAAAGCCGACUAUACCACUGUGAAACUUUAUGGAAUUCUUCGAGGGGACUCGGUGUCGCAUAAAUCGGGCUACAUCAAAUCUAUUCGAAAAGCGUUCGAGUUUGUCGAACAAUAUUUUCGAUCCCAGUUGACAGAUUCGAAUAAUAAAUUUGUGUCAACUUGUCUUGAAAAUCUUACACCAGCAAAGUUACUUGUUGAACUUGAAUUAUCAUCAAAAUUUAUUUCAAGCGACGAAGAUCAUCCUUUGACUGAUUUUGCUUUCUUCGAACCAAGCACACAAAAAGCAAAGGAAGCACAGCCAUACUUAAUUUCGGCUUUUAACGGUGCAUACAAACUUCAGAAAUCCACCAUGACAUAUUCCAAAGAUAUUCGUGAUAAAAGUCUUACAAUGUUAAUUCCAACUACCGGUGAUCAAUGGUCUUCAUUAUUGGAACAUUUUUGUGAUUCAAGUAAAACCAACGGAUUGUAUGAAAGAAUAUCAUAUUGGGUUAUCGGGAAAAAAAACUUUGUUCACGAAGAAUCAUUGUUGAAUGAAGACUUGCCAUGUCUGGAGUAUUUAUUCAUCACAAGAAUGUUAAUUGGUAACCGUGUUUAUGAAUAUGAUCAAGACGCCAGCAAUUAUCUUCGACCAAUUCUACACAAAAUGCGCUCCAACGGUCCAACCUGUGAUGGAUUAUUUAAUAUUCCAGAAAAUAAACGUGCCGAAUCAUGUGAACGACGAGGAGCUGAUUUAAUUGAACGUAUUGCUGUCAUCAUACAAAACAUUUUCGACACAUUGAAAGUACUAGAAUCGGUCAAAUCAAUUAACUUUCAUUGUAUCAAAAAGGAUACAUUGAAUGAAAUUAAAAUCAACAUUGGCAAUAACUUUUAUCCAAAUGAAAUGUUAAGCCAAAUGGAAAACAACUUACUUUAUCCUGAAGGUGUUGACUUAAAGGAGUUACAUGAAGUACAAAUCUCUAGUGUGGACAAACAACCAUCUCAAUCAAUGAAGGUUGGAUUGCCAGCUGUUAAAAUUGCUGUUAGUUUUUUCCACAAGUUGUUAUUACCACAAUCGAUUCAAUUGUUUUCCGCCGAUUCGAUCGAUAACAAAAAAAACGUACUAAAUGAACUAAAAAUUAUUCAACAUCCGAUGAAUUGCUUCUCACUCAGCGAUCUAACGUAUGGAAGUAUUUUCCAUAAUCAUAAACGUGAUCACAUCGAUGUGAAAGAAAUACUCACAAAUUUGGAGAAAAAACGUUUUCUUAAACAUGGAAAAUUUGUCAAAAGUUCUUUUCGAUUAAUCGAGAGUUGGAUUAAAAUGCUGCCUGAUCCAACAAAUGACGAGCAAAUUGAAGAUUUUCGAAAUAAGCUAAAUUCGAAUUAUCAACUUGAUUUACAAAAAUAUCUUGAUUACUACAAGCAUGGUGCUAAUAGUAAAUCUUCAUUAACUGAAACUAGGGGUGACACUUUAACUUUAACUUUACUUUAUCAAAGUAGCAAAGUAAAGCACUUUAACUUUAACUUUAAAGUUAAAAUGAAUUUUACUAAUGGUAUCAAUAAUAUCAAUGACGAUGAAUUGUUUCUGGUUUCAUUAAAUCGGCGAAUACCAUUACAACAUUUGAAUUUGAUGUUUCUUCUUGAUUCUAAGUUGGAUGAACUUAUUUCGUUGAAAUAUGAUGAUAUAUCGAACAUGGUUCAAUUGACGUAUGGUGUAAAAUAUGAUGGCUCAAUGGUGGAAUCUAUUUUAAACUUAUUGAAAUCCGAUAACAUCUCGUCACAUCUAUUUUCAUCACACAAUGUCGAUAAAAUAAUCAGUAACUAUUCCAGAGAUCAUCAUUUUCUUACAAAGGCAUCAUUACAUACUAUAAAACCAUUUACACCAUCGUGUUUACAUUGUCACCUCCCAUUGAAAUUACAAUUCAAAGAGAAGAUUAACGUUUUUCUCAUGGACCAUGUGGAUGAUGGAGUUAUUUUUGCUGCUCGUUGUUGUCAUAUAGAAUAUCAUACGAAUAGUUACAUAAAAAAUUCAAAGCGUUACGUUCUUCGUGAAUCUUUGUACAACCAAAAAUAUAUUCAUUUUGGUGGUAAAUGCGUUCUUCAUAUUGAUGUUUUAUUACGAUAUGUGUCAGACUUGAUCAAUAUGUACGCCGGCUUCGAAAAUUUUUGUGGUGCUUAUAACGAUACAAUAACGUCAGUGUCAAUGCAACAUAAUUGGAAUAAUGCUUUAGAAAUAGAAGACAUACCAUUGCUGGAACGGCGACUAUUUGAAAAUAUCUGGUUAAUUUACUCAACACCAUUAUUGAAGUUCUUUUUGUCAACAGAUACAGAAAUUGAAAUUCCAUUUCAUAUUAGCAAUCGUGAAGAACGAAAUCAUUUUUUUGCUUCUCAUUUACCUCAAUUAGAACGUGAUUUUGUUCUGUAUUGGUCAAACCAUAUGGUGAAAUUUAGUUGUGGUAGUCAAUGUUGUAAAGCCAUUGUUAUUGAUGGAUUCCAAAAGCCUGAUCGUUAUAUUUGCAACUUUAUGCAAGAGUUGAUUCAUUCGGAAGAAUUGGGUGAUAUUGAAUGGGGUUGUGGAUUUCGUCCAGAAAUGGUCCCAGAUAAACAAAAUCCAGGGUUUUGGAAAAACACAAAAUAUUGUCCUAAACAUACUUAUCUCGAGCACACUCAAUCAGCACGUUGUUCAACUGAAAAAGAUGAUUAUAAUGUUGUCGACUGUAAUGUUUCAAGAACCGAUCGUUAUUGCGGUCGUCAAACAUCCUAUGGAGUUAUACUCACAAUGUACAAUUGUGGUAUCAUCGUGAAUUUUGACGAACUCUAUAGAUCUGAAUCACCUACACGAGUACUCCAUCAUUUAUUUACAACAAUUGAUUGCCUGUCACCAUCUGUCUCAUUUCCUAAGUAUUUGAUUUAUGAUAAUGCAUGUGGCUUGUUACUUACAUUCCAAAAUCGUCUUGAAAACGGUCAGAUCCAUCGUACAACGCGCGCUAAAGCAUUAAAUAAAAUGACGUUUUUGGUCGACAAAUUUCAUAUCGGCAAUCAUACGAGGCCAAUGUGUCAAACGCAAACGAAUCCAUACAAAUAUCCCGAGGUCAAUCAAAUAAACACAGUUGUCUGUGAACAGACCAAUUCUAAAUUGAAAAAGUAUCAAAACGCACUUUCAUCUUUUUCUUUCCCAAAAACAAAUGUUUGGAACGAAGUUAGAGUUCAACACAAUCAAGAAUAA